GUCGGCGCUCUCUCAGGAAACGUCUCACGCUUUUAACACAAACCAAGAAAAUAACAUUUGUGACUGCAAUGUAUGAAAAUUCAGAUCAGGAGGGGGAAGAAAUUGAGCUUCCAGAAGGAUCAGGUGUAGCAAAAGAAGGUGAAAUAACUGCUGAAACAAAAAGUGUCCGAGCUCUAAACCCUGUAGAACAGGCUGUAGUUGACGUCAUCCAUGAGAUAUUUGGUGAAAUGGAUUCAACAAAGAACAAAGAAAAAUACUCUCUGGCAUCCAUCGACUCACCUCCAAUGGAAGAACCUAAGAGCGUUUCUCCAGAAAAAUGGUCUCUGGUAUCCAUCGACUCACCUCCAAUGGCAGAACCUAAGAGCGUUUCUCCAGAAAAAUGGUCUCUGGUAUCCAUCGACUCACCUCCAAUGGCAGAACCUAAGAGCGUUUCUCCAGAAAAAUGGUCUCUGGUAUCCAUCGACUCACCUCCAAUGGCAGAACCUAAGAGCGUUUCUCCAGAAAAAUGGUCUCUGGUAUCCAUCGACUCACCUCCAAUGGCAGAACCUAAGAGCGUUUUUCCAGAAAAAUGCUCUCUGGUAUCCAUCGACUCACCUCCAAUGGCAGAACCUAAGAGCGUUUCUCCAGAAAAAUGGUCUCUGGCAUCCAUCGACUCACCUCCAAUGGCAGAACCUAAGAGCGUUUCUCCAGAAAAAUGGUCUCUGGUAUCCAUCGACUCACCUCCAAUGGCAGAACCUAAGAGCGUUUCUCCAGAAAAAUGGUCUCUGGUAUCCAUCGACUCACCUCCAAUGGCAGAACCUAAGAGCGUUUCUCCAGAAAAAUGGUCUCUGGUAUCCAUCGACUCACCUCCAAUGGCAGAACCUAAGAGCGUUUCUCCAGAAAAAUGGUCUCUGGUAUCCAUCGACUCACCUCCAAUGGCAGAACCUAAGAGCGUUUCUCCAGAAAAAUGGUCUCUGGUAUCCAUCGACUCACCUCCAAUGGCAGAACCUAAGAGCGUUUCUCCAGAAAAAUGGUCUCUGGUAUCCAUCGACUCACCUCCAAUGGCAGAACCUAAGAGCGUUUCUCCAGAAAAAUGCCAGGUGAGGAGAGCUACCUUCGUCAUGCUUCCCUAA